UUUUUUAGCUUUCUUUCCCCACGCAUAGAAGACCACUUCCACUUCCCCUGAUCUCUCUUCCAAUCUUCCUUCUCAAGUAAACAACACAAAUCCAAAUUAAAAAAAAAACGUUGCAGUUCACCUGAUUUCCAUCUAUAUAUAUAUAUAUAUAUGAUCAGCUACCAGUAAAAUUACAAACAUAGGAGUAUAUAUUUCUACACAUACAUUUCAGUAAAAUCUCAUUUGUAGAAUAUACAAACAUUUCCUCAAACAGUUGGUGUGCACAUAAUCAUUUCUGAAAAGAAAGUAUUAGAGAUCAGAAGAAAGAUAGAUCAUUGGGGAUGGUUUUACCGUUGGUGAAACUUGGAACGUUAUUAUUGAAAACAGUAAGUAAACCAAUUGCUAGCAGGCUCAAACAACAGGCUGCCUAUCACCCCAAAUUUCGUACCAAAAUCAUCAGUCUCGCUCAGGCAAACCACCGGCUUACAACAAAUAUACAAAGAAGAAUAUAUGGACAUGCAACAGACGUUGAAAUCCGCCCCCUGAAUGAAGAGAAAGCUGUUCAGGCGGCUGGGGACCUUAUUAGUGAACUCUUUGUCUUCUCGGUCGCAACAGCCGCCCUCAUUUUUGAAGUGCAAAGAAGUGCUAGAUCAGAAGCUAAAAAAGAGGAAGCCCGCAGACAAGAAUUUGAGGUCAUGAGGCAACGAGAUGAAGAUUUAGCAAAAGAAGUGGAAAGCCUCAAGCAAAAACUAGAAGAACUUGAGCAGCUUGCCAAAGGAAAAGGGCUUGCAGGUGUGUUCAACUACAAAAAUACUAAAAACCAAAUUGCCAAUUCAACCAAUCCGGCUUGAUCUGACCCUAGUAGUGUUUUUCACUAUAAUCAUAUAUGCUUAGUGCAUAACUACAUAUCAUGGGUAUUGAUUGAUUCAUUGAGAUCUUUAUCAUUGAAAAUUCUCCUUCUUGAGUACUAUAUAGUGCUACAACUGUUGAUUUUUGACCCCUUAUGUCCUCACUGUUCCAUUCCCAAAUAAAGGUUAAUCUAUAUGUGUGGUAGUCAAACGAAAAGUUUACCAGUGUACAAGUUUAUGGUAUUGUACAAUUUUCAAGUAAGUUGAAGAUAUUUCAUUGGUUGAUGUUGAUUUCUUUA